AACUACGAAAACAUGUUUCCAGCGCUGGGUUCUAACGAAUUGAGAAGCUAUUUAUUCCGGCGUCAACUGCUUUGUGAAUUCUUCGGCACUUUUGUGCUAAUGUUGGUGCGAAAGACGGUCAGUAUGGUGGAGGAUACACAGUGGGCUGUGACGAAAAUUUCAUUCGCUCUCGGCCUGACGGUUGCAGCCUUGACUAAGUUAUUUGGGCGCAUAAGUGGCUGCCACAUCAACCCUGCGGUUUCGAUCGCAUUUUUCGUUGUCGGAGAGAUGAGUACAUUACGUCUAUUUUUCUAUGUAAUCAUGCAGUUCUUGGGUGCCAUUUCGGCGGUUUGUACGCACAGUAUAUAUGCGUUCGCCAAUUCCAAUGCAGGUCAGGAGCGUAGUGCUUUGGAAGACUGGCAAAAAAUAUUACUUGAACUCAUACUGACCACUAUGUUCAUCAUGCUGUUUCGAACGAUGUCGGACGCACUACACCGCAGUCAGCGGAGCUCCGUGUCCAUGGCCAUAGGUUUUGCAUACACGGCAUGUCUUUUGAGUGGCACCACCAUAUCGGAGGUGGCCUUGAAUCCGCUAAUGCACUUCGCUUCUGGGCCGAAUAUAUUUGCUGCCGAUUUCACACCGGCCAUUGGAUCUACUUUGGGUGGCAUUAUUGGAGCACUGACUUAUGAGGCCUUAUAUAUGCCAUAUAGACAUGAACCGCGCACAUCGAGCCUUUUCGAUUGGCUACAUAAAACUCCAUCGGAUGCCAAAAAAACAGGUCGUUAAUUUUGCGUUUUGUUAUAUAUACUGGAAUUAAUUUGUUCUCAUUUAAUAAAGCGGGUUUAUAGUAGA